AGGUCCGUUUUCCUGUGUCGCGAAAUACGGGUGGACACCACGCUGUAACCAGGCGAGACAUGGCGUUCGCUGUUCUGGACCUCUUGAAACAGUUCUCGUUGACCACAGACUUUCUUUUCAGGUCGUGCAAGAGUCCCUGGACAUCGACAGCCAAGUCUGCAAUUUUAUCCGUGACGCGGCUGAAGUAGGGCUCGAUGUCGUAGUUUCUUCGUCGCGCAUCGGAAUCGCCAUGUUCUUGAGGAACGCGCCGUCUUUGGCGCCUUUGAAGAGUGCGAAUUAUUUUUGACACGGAAGAAGACGCUUCUUUGAGUUUCAUCCUCAAGUUGUCCUUUCGCUCGGAGAAUUCUGUAACCAACUUGUUGAAGAAGCCGGUUCUGUCGUCGUUGACUUCUUUAAUCCUAGCUAUGUCUUCCGCCAGUUCUGCAAAAUCUCUUCCCAUUUCGAGGCUGCUUCUUUCUUGCCGUUGCUGUAAGUCGCGGACUUGCUCGCUGAGCAUCAUGACAGACAUCCUGACAUCUUCGGCUGAACUCAUUGACAAACAUAAGCAGGACGUCAAAAACACUAUUCCUGUGGGAAACAUGACGCUAAGGAGAGGUUCUCACCGUAUACUUCCGUCGCGUCGAACUCAACAAGACGCUGCGAUAAGCACCGACUUCAAGUACACAACCCGAUAGCAGGGGAGCAUAACCUCGCAGUCUAAUCAAGUGCAAUCAAGAGUCAACAAUACCUCUGUAACAGCUUUCCGUUGUAUGUUUCGAGGAGGUCGAGGAGCGAGAAAGUAUUCUGUGCUUUCUGACGGAUGCCAUCAAACCGUGCCACAUUCAGAUACGCUUAAAAUGGUGCAACGGUUAUCACUAGCCAUCGCUAUCGUAGUGUGCGUUCGCGUCUGUUAUUGCGAACACAUCAGGCAGGCCUUAAGACAAUUAGAAGAAGAUGUCACCUACUUCACUAACACAUUCGAAGACUCGCAGGAGAAUGUCCGCGUAGCUACGCAGAAGUUGAAAGACCACGUAGCUAAGGUUGUCCAAACGCAAGAUGAACAGGGAGCUAUGAUCAGCAGACUACAGUACGCCAUUGUGGAAGUGGCUGAGCUGACAACGAUUGUGGAUGGUGUACAAAGGCUUUUAGAAGACCUGGACGGCACAGUAAGUGCUCCAACUGGUUUCAGCGACGGCGCGAGACCUGACCUUGAAAUGGCUGCUCGGACCGAUGAUCUGGAAGACACGGCAAAAGUACUGGUGGAACAGAUCGAAGUGCUUUCGACGGAAUUGAAUUCAGCGUCCAAGAUAAUUGAAGAGGACUUCUUGGUGAAGCGAAAAUGCUUCGAGGUCAGUGACUCGCAGCACGGGUCUCAUGAAGAACAACGCACGCGUAUCUGCAAUGUUGCAGAAACCCGAGUGCCUGAACACUGCGCUGAAUUGUACCGAUUCGGCUACAGAGAAGAUGGGGUUUUCACGACGAGGUUGGGAACGCGUUUCCUAGAAACGUACUGCGACAUGACAUCUGAUCUCGGAGGAUGGAACGUAAGUGUGCUUGCUGCAGAAAGUACCGUUAUCUUACGGACACGUUCGAGAGUCAUCGUGUCCCACGAACGGUCCACGAGCCUGAGCCCCUUGCUUCACGUCUUGGGAAGCGUCCACGGAGAUUUCUGGUGGGGCCUCCGCAACGUCCUCUCCCUGGUGUCCCACGCGGACUUCGAGCUCGCGCUCGAACUGACGGGAAGCGACACCGUGCUGGUCUUCGAUUCGUUCGUAGCCCGCCAAGAAGGAAACCACUACGUGAUUAGUCUCACCCACGGCAGCAAGACGACCACAAGGAGGUUGAUCAUCGAAGAUGGUGGACUGCGAGUGGAAGAAGCUGAUGACGGCGCGUCGGAUGUGAAGCAGACAGUCUGCCCUAACGCUAUUACUCACGUUUUUUAUUUGGGUAGUGAGACGGUGACGCUGGAUGUUACGUGUCUUACGGUAGUCUUUGCGGGAGUGAAUACCAAUGGCACGGAUGCUGUCGUAAAGAUCCGGCCAAAAAAGCGAUGAAAUAAUAAAAAAGCUACAACAAC